AUGUCCACGCAGGGCCCCACCGUGACCUACAGCGUGCCGCCGCCGCCCUUGUGCCCGCACGCGCCCCCGCCCGACGCGUACCCCGCCUGCGCCCUCUGCGCCGCACGGGACCACCCGCCGCCCACCCUCCACCAUCACGGUACGCCUGUUCCGCCCGCGAGCGCGGAGGAGGCGCGGACGCUCGCCCUGCAGCUGCGGGCGGCGGCUAUUCUGAACAAAAGCGAGCUGGCUGUUCCCGUGGCCACCUUCCACCUCUCAGUGCCGCCCCCGCCCACGCCCACGCCCGCGCCCGCGCUAGCUCUCCCGCCGCCCGCUUUCCCCUACCCCCCGCCCACACCCACUAGCACGUCUUACGAGGACGCCGUGGGCGUACACACCGCGUGCGAGAGCGCCCCCUUCAGUGUCCACGGCGGCGGCCCAGGCUCGCCCUCCUGCCAUUAUCACCCGCCGCCCACGCCCACCCUAACGCUCGCGCUCGCGACCGCCUCCAGCACCAGCCCCCUGCCCGCCCCAACCUCCCCCUGCCCCUCCAUCUCCUCCACCUGUGCCUCCACCAUGGCGCUCGCCUCCGCCACGGCCUCCACCACCAACUCCAUCCCUGACGGCGUCCUUGACUCGCCGUCUUCUUCCUCAG